AUGUCGCUUUUAUUCUUGCAUGGGGAGUCAGAGAAGUUGACGCCGUAUGACAAGAGCAAAACUUGCCAUUUCUACGCUGCCGGCUUUUGUCGCAGAGGCGACAAGUGCUGGUUUCAACAUGUCGCUUCGGAUGCAUCCACGUCGCAGAUCCAGACAGCCCCUGCAGCUGAGGAGGAGGAGCUGUGCUGCAUUUGCUAUGAGAAGCCUGUGACAUAUGGGCUGCUCAUAGGCUGCAGUCAUAUGUUCUGCAUCCACUGCAUCCGCGAGUGGCGCAGUUCUAAUAAGAGGUCUGUCGAGGUUGUCUUCUCUGGAGUUACGAAGCAAUGCCCCCUUUGUCGCGCGGCGUCGCGAUUCGUCAUUCCCUCUAGCCAGUACUUCCCGGAGGGCCAUCCGCGGAAGGCUGAGACUAUCAAUCGCUACAAAGCCAGCAUGGCGCGCGUCCCUUGCCGCCACUUUCAGAACUCCCCCGCAAACCGCCGCUUCUGUCCCUUUGGCAAGGACUGUUUCUAUCAGCAUCUCAAAUAUGAUGGUACCCCUUACAUUUUCCAACAUGGAGCAGACCAUAAUAUGAGGAUCUAUCGCAGGCGACUCGAGCGGGCUAAUGGUCGUGGGCCUCAUGGUCUUAUCGGAGACCUCUUCCCUGACUUCCCUGAUCUUGGCGCCACUAUCGAUGCCCUUCGUGCUAGUCUGCCUGGCCUCAUGGAAGGACUUGGUUUACCGAUGGUACCGAUGGAUGACGCAGACUGGGACAUUGAACCCGAGGAGGAUUUCGAGGACAGGCCACUAGUGGAAACAAUGGAAAUGCUUGCUGAGGAGGUCGGAGGGCGCACGUUCUAUCGGUUCGGUACAGCGCCUACGAUCCCCAUAGCAGACAACGGCCCUGCUUUUGCCCCUCGUACAGACGUCCAGAACCUCGGCUUACAGCCAGAUCAACAGCUGAACACUCGCGGUUUGGAUGCGCUGGUACCGUCCACGGGUGCUACUCCCUCAACGGUUAUGGAACGGGCACCAGCAAACCGAAGCGUCUCGGACUCUCCUUCCAGGUUCAGCACAGUAGUCACAAGGGAAGAUCAGGCGUCGACAAGUCUAUCUAUUAGCAGUCUUGACGACCUCCGCCAGCUGCCUGAUCUAGCGGCCAAUCCGCCGCAAGUCCCCUCUUUAUUCAUACCAGACGCAGUGGGCUCUCUGGUUCCACAGGCUAGGAUAUCCUCGACAGCGGACACUGUGCCGCCUGAAGCACGACAGCCAGUAAUCCCUAGAGACUCCGCGACUCAAGCUUCAGCGACAGCGCGGCCAUCCAACUCCCAAGCUUCACAAGAGGAGGCACCGAGUGAACCAAUAUCGGCGCCGCCUGCUGAGGUCGUGCACGACACGGACCCGCCCUUCCUCACUGAUGGGCGUGGCCGCGUUGUGUGGAGCAGCACGACUGCCGGUCGCCACCGCGGAGAUCGUGAGAGUCGUCGAGCAGGGAGAGCAGCCGCCGCCACCGCCGCUUCUGCGUCUGCGCCCGCCCCCGUGCAGGCCCAGCAGAAGAUGCGAAGGGAGGCGUCUGACUCCGAUGUUGCUAUCGCGCGAGCCGAGAGCGGAUCGGGCGAAGACAGCGGGGGUCGUGAGCGGCAGGGCAGCCGACCACGCCAAUCCGCACGCGUCCUGUCAAGCCCUGAGGGUACUCAGCAGAUCUCCGACGGUAGCCUCGAGGUCUUGGAUGGCAUCCUGUCCGAUGAACGGCGUUUCCUGUUGCCUGCAAGUGAUGCUCAGGCCAUAGAGGGUCCAAUUGCGUCGGGCUCAACGGAGGAGCCAGAGGCACUCGGUACCGACGAGGACGAACAGCAGCUUAUUGAAGAAGUGGCGCGACGCAACGAGGGGCGGUCGUUCUUUGGCCGCAUAUUCGGUGCUGUGCUGUUUUUUUGA